UAACUAGUUGCUAAGUGGCUAGCUUCUGUCAAUAGCAAAGAAAGCACUGCCAUUUCCUCAAAUGGGGAAACUUUCUUUAUCUGAGCUGCUUAUUACACUGAUUAAGCUUCUGCCGGUUUUCUGUCUUUUUGUUCAGUUCUCAGUUGCUGAGAUCAUUUUUGAGGAGAAAUUUGAUGAUGGGUGGCAAAGCCGUUGGGUUAGAUCAGAUUGGAAGAGGAGCGAAGGCAAGGCCGGCACAUUUAAACACACUGCGGGAAAGUGGUCUGGAGAUCCAGAUGAUAAAGGUAUUCAGACUACUAAUGACGCCAAGCAUUUUGCAAUAUCUGCAAAGAUACCAGAAUUCAGCAACAAGAACAGAACAUUGGUCCUCCAGUAUUCCAUAAGGUUUGAGCAGGACAUUGAGUGUGGCGGUGGUUAUAUCAAGCUUCUCUCUGGAUUUGUAAAUCAAAAGAAAUUUGGUGGAGACACUCCAUACAGUCUAAUGUUUGGACCAGAUAUAUGCGGCACGCAAAAAAAGCACCUGCAUAUCAUACUCUCAUACCAGGGUCAAAAUUACCCAAUCAGGAAGGAGUUAGAAUGUGAAACAGACAAGUUGACUCAUUUCUACACAUUUAUUCUAAGGCCUGAUGCAAGUUAUAGCAUCUUGAUUGAUGGUCGGGAAAGGGAUUCUGGAAGCAUGUACACUGAUUGGGAUAUUCUUCCUCCAAAAAAAAUUAGAGAUACCAAGGCGAAAAAGCCGGCAGACUGGGAUGACAGAGAAUAUAUAGAUGAUCCAAAUGCUGUGAAGCCUGAGGGAUAUGACAAGAUUCCAAAAGAAAUUCCUGACCCAAAUGCGAGAGAGCCUGAUGAUUGGGAUGAUGAAGAGAAUGGCAUUUGGAGGCCACCAAAGAUUCCAAAUCCAGCAUAUAAAGGACCCUGGAGGCCCAAGAGAAUCAAGAACCCUAAUUACAAGGGGAAAUGGAAGGUUCCUUAUAUUGACAACCCAGAGUUUGAAGAUGACCCUGACCUUUAUGUGCUCAAGCCCAUAAAAUAUGUGGGAAUUGAAGUUUGGCAGGUGAAGGCUGGCUCAAUUUUUGACAAUGUUUUGAUAUGCGAUGAUCCAGAAUAUGCAAAAGAAGUGAUACAGGAAGUAUUUGCCAAUAGGGAGAUAGAAAAAGAAGCCUUUGAGGAAGCAGAAAAAAUUAGAAAAGCUCGAGAGGAAGAGGAAGCUCAAAGAGCUAGAGAGGAAGGUGAAAGGAGGAGAAGAGAAAGAGGAUAUGAUCGACGACACCGAGACAGAUAUAGAGAUAAAUACAGAAAGCAUUACAUGGACGAUUAUCAUGAUGAACUGUGAUUGGUUUUUAUCUUCCCCUACUGCGUCCUAGUCUCUGCAGCCAAUGGCCUGGAUUCUGCAUCAUCUACAAGUACAUUGGAUUAGUGUUUUCGAUCUUCAUUAUUCCACAGCUUUCAUCUGUAAUUCUACUUACAUAUAUUGAAACAAUAAUUUAUAUAUGCACUUUUAUGCAUCAA